AGCUUAAAUGACGUGAGCGCGCAGCAAUUCGCGCCAGCGAUGAUGACAGCAGACGACAAUUUACUUGAUACGCAUCAUAUCACUGUUAAAAUUUCACACAAUUUCUUUAUUAAAUUACAUAUCAUUCUACUAUCAUAUCAAUGCUAUAAAUGAAAAAAAUAUAAUUAUAUGUAAAUAAAAUAUAUUUUUAAUGGUUAAAAUUUGAUGAAUUCUUUGUGAAAGUGUUAAGUGUUAAAAAAAAGCGCACAACAUGGAAGUAUUAGAUCCUAGUAUCUCGAGAGAUGAUCAGCCUUUGUGUGUUAAUGAUUUUUUGGAAAAAGUUACUAUACCAGAUAUUCCACCUGAUACAAAAUCAUGCAUAAAAGCAAGGCAUACAUUAGGUUUUUUAGGAUUUCUAGGAUUUGCACUUGUGUAUGCCAUGAGAGUGAAUUUAUCUGUGGCUAUUGUUUCAAUGGUUAAUCAAACAGCAGUACCACAUGAUGAUGAUAAUAAUACCACAGAUGUUUGUCCUAAAGAAAAACCAAUUAAUGGAACAUUUACACCAAGUGCAGGAGAAUUUAAUUGGGAUGAAAAAAUACAAGGUAUUAUAUUGGGUGCUUUUUUCAUUGGUUAUGUAACUACAAAUGUUCCUGGUGGUAGAAUGGCGGAAAAAUUUGGUGGAAAACUCAUAUAUGGAUUAGGAGUAUUUCUGACUGCUGUAUUGACUGUAAUUAGUCCUUUUGCAGCUUAUUUAGGAUUGAUACCAUUCUUAGCUGUACGGGUAGCAGAAGGAUUUACAGAGGGUGUUACAUUCCCUGCAAUGCAUAGCAUGUUAGCACUCUGGGUACCUCCUUUAGAAAGAAGCAAAUUUGCUGCUGUAGUAUAUGCAGGUGCAAAUUUUGGAACUGUCAUAUCUUUACCAGUAAGUGGAUGGCUUUGUUCAUUAGAAUUUUGGGGUGGAUGGCCUCUUGCAUUUUAUUUAUUUGGAGGGCUUGGUAUUAUAUGGUAUGCAUUUUGGCUAAUUUUUGUGUUUGAUACACCUGCACAACAUACAAAAAUUGAUCCUUUAGAAAGAGCAUAUAUUGAAGCUACUGUAGAAAAGAAGGAUGAGGAUGAUACAGGAGUUCCUUGGUUAUCAAUAUUUACAUCACUGCCCAUGUGGGCUAUAGCUAUUACACAAUGUGGACAAUCAUGGGCAUUUUAUACACUUUUGACAGAAUUACCAACAUAUAUGGAUAAAAUUUUGCAUUUCGAUGUACAACAGGAUGCAUUCUUUUCAGCAUUGCCUUAUUUAAGUUCUUGGUUAGUCGGUCUCGGUAUUUCAAGUUUCGCAGAUGCUCUCCUUGCCCGUCAGCUUUUAUCUCCUUUAACAUCGUUCAAGUUAUGGAACACAGUGGCUUCAUUAGGACCCAGUCUCAGUUUUAUUGGUGCUAUUUGGGCUGAAUGUGAUCGUAUGAUGGUUCUGAUGAUGCUUGCUGGAUUAGGAUCUCUACAAGGUGCAGUUUAUGCAGGAAAUCAAAUGAAUCAUAUUGCAUUAGCACCUCGAUUUGCGGGAACUCUUUAUGGACUUACAAAUGCUGCUGCAAAUGCGUGUGGAUUUUUAGCUCCAUAUGUUAUUGGAAUGAUUGUUCAGGGACAUGAAACAUUGGCACGUUGGCAUACAGUAUUCUGGUUAGCAGCAGGAAUAAACAUGGCAACUAAUUGUUUUUAUUUAAUUUUUGCAUCUGCCACAGAACAACCAUGGAGUAGAGGUACUAGUUGAUGACAAAAUUUCGUUACACACGAAA